AAGAAGAAAGGAAAACAGCGUCAGAUGUUUAUAAAAACGUGACAUUGCGCGAACGCUCGUUCAAACUCAAAAUGACCUAAUGAAUGUGACGUUUAGCAGUUGGAACUGAAAUCCUGUAAUGAGCAGGAGUUUUCGCUGAUUAAAGAGACGGACCUUGGUCCUGCAGUUUAUUCUGAUGUACGGCGCGAUCUCCUGAGUUCUGUCUCAUCCCUGGAUCUGAAUUGCACAGAUUCUUUUUUUUUUUUUUUUUUUGGAAGAAUGGAGUUUUCAGAGAGGAGACGGAGCAGGAAAUCGCAAAGCUUUAAACUGGUUAAUGAGGAAGAUUUUGAAGCUGAAUAUUUUGGCAACGCAGAGACGGCUGAUGUCAAUGGAGAACUGAAAAGCGUUACCAUGCCUGAAGCUUGGUUAGGUGACGAGGGCGUGGAGAUCAAGAGGCAGAUCACCGGGAUGAUGAGGUUGCUCAACGACAAGGCAGGCCGCAUGUACCAGCGUGUGGGCAAGGAGGGGGAGGGCCUGAAGCAGGAGCCCCAGGACCUGGACCUGGAACUGGGCUGGAGCCGGCAGGCUGGCCUGGUCCCCGAGGAGCCUCAGCCCAGCGACUGGAGCCCCCACUCCCCCUACCGGCCCCAGGCUCCCGGGCAGUACGGCACCCGCUCCAAGACCCUGAGGAUGCUCAACACGGCCAAGAGCACGCUCAAAGCCAACGACACCAUCCCUCCUCUGAGCAGUGCGGUGGAGCCCAGCUGCUGCAUGUGCAACUGCAAGAGCACCCUCCAGGCCAUCCUUCAGGAGCUGCGCGGCCUGAGGAAGCUCAUGCAGACACAGCGAGGGCCUCAGGAGAAGCAGCGGGUCCAGGGCCCCGUCAGCCCUGCCCGGCCCCCUGGCCCGCGGAAGAGGCCCCGCAAGAGGAGGCCGGUCCACAGGGCGGCGACUACCCCCACUGCCCCCAGCAAGAGGGCCCCCGGCCCCAGCACCCCGCCCGAGCCCAUCGGCCGGAGGGAGAGGGGCCCCCGGGAGAGGCACGGCCCUGCCCCGCCCGACACGUCCCCCCUCCCCACCCUGCCCCCACCUGCAGACGGGCCCCUGGUUCAGUAUGGCCUGCUCAGGGAGUCGCUCUCCGCCGAGCCGGAGGUGCAGCUGGCAGAGGACUAUGACGUCUACAUUCCCAAGGCCCAGCUGGACUCCAUCCUGGUCAACUACACGCGUUCGGGCAGCCUGCUGUUCCGGAAGCUGGUGUGCGCGUUCUUCGAUGACACCACGCUGGCCAACUCCCUCCCCAACGGCAAGCGCAAGAGGGGGCUCAACGACAACAGGAAGGGGCUCGACCAGAACAUCGUGGGUGCCAUCAGAGCCUUCACGGAGAAGUACUGCACCGCCAACAGGAUCGAGAGGCUCCCCGGGCCCCGAGACUGGGUGCAGAUCCUGCAGGACCAGAUCAAACUGGCGCGGAGACGGUUAAAAAGAGGUAAUUGGGCAGAGGCCGUGGACUGCGAGGACGGUUUGGUCGGACGCUCUGUGAAAACAGAAGAAGAAUUUCAGUGUUCUGAAGAUAGGAAGGAACGCGUAUUACCUCUAACAGGCUGUGAGUGUGAGAAGCCGGGAGAAGACUGUCACGGCACUACCAUGAAGGACGUCUCCCCCAUGAAGGACGUCUCCCCCUAGUCCGUAUUCCCCUCAGGGCGGACGGCGGCUGCUUGUCGGCGAUACGGCGGUUUCGCGGCCCUCACUUUUAACUAUGUGCCACUUCCAAAGUCCGUUCUGGAGAGCUUGUAGUUAUUUUACUGUGAGACUGAUUAAUUUUUCAUCGUUGCUAAGAAUGCCAUUACUGAAGUGUGAGGUAAGUCUAAUUUGCUUUCGCGGUGUUCUGCAACAUGGUGUGACUGUUUUGUCAAACGAAGACCUUUUAGACUGUGUAGUUAUAGAGAGCCGUGCUCUCUCUAGGGACCCUCCCACACAGUCCUUGGAACAAGUAGGUUUUCGGCCGCAUUUGAAUGUGUUACUCACGCUCCAGACUGUCGAUGCCUUAACGCAGGUAUCGUUGAGAGCGAGGCCUACCAGAUAUCCUCAGUGUGUAUUGACGGAUUAUCUUGUGUUACUGGUGGACGUUCCAAGGUCUACAGUGUCCCCAUUCCAAAUGCAUAUCUGUUCGAUGUGCCGAGUUCUGCAGUGCUGUCCGUUUGUCUGGUAAUGUUGUGGCUUUCACACAGUAGUAACGUCUUACGGGAAGUCAUUCUCGAUGAUUUCUCGUACUCGCGAAAAUGAAUCAUCCACGGGAGCAGGAAGUAUUUACUGAUCUUGAUGUUAUCCACGGCCUCACCUUCCACUCUGUCUGAUAUCAGCUUAUACACAUAAAACUAUUUGUCAAAUCUGUGAAAUCGUCCGACUCAUAAUCGUUCCUUGUGAAUGCGCGCGCUCGUUCGUCGCCGCAGACUGAAAGCUGUGGGCCGCUUUCUUAAUUGACUGUAACCGACGAGCUGUUAUUAAGUCUCUCCAUUUGAGAGAACAAGAUUAAAUUCCACACAAUUCAAAUUGAACAUCAUUGCUCUGCCAGGACUAACGAAUGCCCACGUGUCUACUGCUCUGAUCUUGUAUGGGAAAACUGCUUAUUCAAUUAGGAACAAUACAAUAAAUUGGCUUUCAGCAAUCUACAAUAACGGUCUGCUCACUAAACACCUCAAGAGAAUUAUAAUGAAAGAGAACGAUAAUGAAAAAAAGAAAGUAGUGAAAAGACGACAAAAAAACAAAAAACAAAUAAAUGCAUCAAAAGUGAUUUUAUGUGGCCAUUUCUUAUUCACUCCAUGCCUUUCAUAGUGUGAGUAAUUAUAAUUUGAAUUUGUAAAUACAAUUUCUAUCUUUAAAGGAAUAUUUAGUAUUGUUAAGAUGUAAUGUUAGAAAUAUGGUAUUUCUAUUAGAUGCUUUAUUAUGUUACAUUACAGUGUGUUAACAACCAGAAACUCCAUGCAGGAUAAACGUCUGAGCACUUUAAUUUUGGUUAAUUGGGCUUGAAUAAAUCGGUUUAUCGACUCGAGAUAAACCAACGGCUUCCGCUAAUGUACACGUUGAAGUUCUAGAAGUUAUUGUUUAGGAACAACAGAGAUGUGGACAUAAUGUAAAAUUGUACAGGUGUUUACUUGGUGUUUAUGUAAGAGACUUGUUUACAAUUUGUAUGUGAAAUAUACAGUAUUUACCGUGGCCCCAACUGCUGUUUUGUACAAGGUGUGUACAAGGCCAAAAAUCUGUAAUUGGUUCCUUUGUCUUAAUAUAUGUAAAGUAUAAGUAGCCUUACAAUAUUGGUAUUGCCCAUUGACUUGCCUAGAGUAUCAGUAUUCUUGAAAUAAUAAAUAAUUGUCUCAUA